AUGCAUUAUGGUGUCAUGCUCUUGUGGCCUUUUGUUCUGACAAAGAGCAUCUCAUCCAUUCUUCAGAUGACACACGCUGAGUCCUCCGUGUCUUCAGGCCAUUUCAAAGAGCGCUCCCAUGUGGUGAAACGCUCCACUCAAAACUGUGACUCCACAUUCGCCAAUUACUGCAUGAACGGAGGUCAAUGCAUGCUGUUGGUGGACGUCAACGAGCACCACUGCAAGUGUCCCGGUGGCUUCUACGGCCCCCGCUGCAGCCAUAUAGAGUUGGUCUUUAAGCCCAUGGGAGAGGAGCAGAUUAUCUUCAUUAUCUUCUGUGUGAUGUUGCUAAGCGUUGGCUUUGCUGGAGCGCUCUACUUCUGUUGCAAGUGGUAUAAAAAGAACAAAUGCGGUCCCAAACAGAAGCGACAAGGCUACAAAGGAGUGCAGACAAUGUAG